GCGGAAACAGCUGCUGAAAACACCCACGUUGUUCAUGUUAAUGAUGUAGAGCCCGACCUCACAUACAAAAAAAAAAAAACUAGCACAACUUCCCGGCCGUCGUUGCACGUUGUUACUUCAACUUAGGAAACCGAGCGGACUAACUCUUCCUGUGCGUGUUUUAAAGUGAACUUGUAUUUGUCCGGUCAAAGUUCUGUGCGACUUAAAACAAACAUAUUCCCAGUCCAGGCUGACUGUACGUUAACUCAGGGUGCAGAUCCAGCAGAGAUUGUGGAAUGUUGCUGGACGAGACUCCGCUCUUUGAGCCCUCCCUGCUUCAGGAGUUAGACUGGAGCAGCAACACUGUGUCUUUCUCUCCCCCGAUCAACCCAUCCAGUCCAGGGGAAGGCCUGGUGGUCAGGCCUCUCUGUAUGGCGGAUUUCAACAGGGGAUUCUUCAAGGUUUUAUCUCAACUUACUCAGACAGGCGAUGUCACACCAGAGCAGUUCACAAAAAAGUUUGAGCAUAUGAAGAAGACAGGAGACUACUACGUCGUCGUUGUGGAGGACACAAAUCUGGGACAAAUUGUCGCCACGGCCACAUUGAUCACGGAACACAAAUUCAUCCACUCCUGUGCGAAGAGAGGCCGGGUGGAGGAGGUGGUGGUCAGUGACGUGUGCAGAGGGAAGCAGCUGGGCAAACUGUUAGUUUCAACUCUUACUCUCCUUAGCAAAAAACUGAAUUGCUAUAAAAUCACACUGGAAUGUGCACCCAAAAACGUGGCUUUCUACCAAAAGUUUGGCUACACCGCCUCAGAUGAAACUUACAUGCAGUGUCGAUUCUUCGACUGAGGACAACGGCGGCUUUAUACCUCAUUUUUGGGGAUAGCGACUACACCUUUAUACGUCCACUGACAUCAAAACUUAACAUUGACAAAGUGUCUUAAUAAUUGGAAGGAACAGCCCAAGGAUGAGUUUGUGAUUGUGUCACAGUUGAGUCGUUCCUGAACGCUCAGCCUGAUUUCAGCACACCUGAGUAAACAUAAAUUGUAUGUGGAAGCUCUCCGCUCAGUCCGACAUCUUCUGCCCUUUUGGUAACCAUGGCUACCUCACCAGGGUGGAGCCCUGUCAUCACCUUUCCCCACCAUAUGAAGAUUGUCAGUUACUGUAAAUGUAAUGUCUUAUUGUGUUACAUUAAUGAUAAGGAAUUUUCUUUUGUACUUCUAAUACUAAUUACAUCUACAACUAUAAAGCAACUGUAAGUAAAUGCAGUAAAUUGCUUGGGAAAGAUGGCGCCAAAUAACAUUAUAUAUCUGGAGCAACUGGAUGAUUAUUCAAUUAUUUAUUACAUGUAGCAGCUUCUCAAGUUAACUAUAAAACAGUUAUGGUUGAGGAAUUACUUUAUAUCAUGAUUCAAGCAUAGUCUCACAGAUCUCUGGCACAUUGAUCAUCAAGUCACCAAAGAAAAUCUUUGCUUUGUCAUUAGAAACUUGCUUCUCUAAGGUACUUUGGGUUUCAUUUUUCUAAUUUGUCCUCUUCGGACAAAGUGCUCUCUAUCCCAGCAGGCAUUUCUUUCUUUGACAGUAGUGUUGCUGGAUAACUGUAGUGAUGGUUCGAACACAAUGCAUUACUGUCAAGUCAAGACUGUUAUAACGUAGAUUUCUAGUGAAUACAAAGGUUUGUAUUUUGUCAGGUGGCAGUGAGGCAUUGACGUUCAUAUAUUUUGUAUUUAGCAGAUGUUUGAAAUCUGAUAACAACUCUGAUGAGAAUGGAGACACUUUGUGAUGGGAAAUGGAUAAAAAACUUUUGUAAACAAACUUAUUUAAGUUUCAUAGUUAUGCUGUUAAUCUGGAGAACGGGAACAUAUUUAAUGUAAUUUAUUUCUAAAAAUGUAAUCAAAAUAUUCAGUGAUCUACUGUGUUUUAUUUUAUAUUUCUACUUGUAAGACAGAUACAUUUGUACUAGAAAAGUAAUCUGUUUUAAUAAAAAAAA